AUGAAUUGGUUAUGUGGAGGUAAUGAUGGAAAUUGUUUAAGAAAUGCAAUUUAUAUAUUAGGUGCAAAUUGUGAUUACAUAUUUUGCGAUAUAGGGUAUUCCAUAUAAUUAGAUUUGAUGCAAAAAUAUGAAUUAAAUACUUUAAAAAUCUGGUUGUGGGAUGGAGAUUAUAGAUUUUCUACAAUAAAAGUGUUUAUAAAAUUAGAAAAUACUGAAACAUUGAUUUAUGAUAGUAAUUUAGCAUAAAGCAUAGUAACAAUUACAUUUCCAGAUUAAAUAGUUGGAUCCUUUAGAAUAUAUAAUACUGCAGGCAAUACAAGAAAUACAGGAUUAUAUUUAAUAAAAGUUGAAGCUUAUUAUAAAUUUUAAUGA